AUGCGUGCGCGAGCUAAGGCCGCCGAGAGCGCGUCUGCACGUCUCUGUGCGGACGCCGAAGCAGUAACUACAGCAACUGAUAUCCCAUCGGUUGCUGAAUCCAUUUAUCAGCCUGUAUCACCUGGUGAUGCAGGCGCUGGUUAUUAA